GGGAGGGAAUAGGCGGGUGGGGGCGCUGGGAUCAGUGAAGGGGACACGCAGCACCGAGUUCCGGGCAGAGGUGGGGGCGAGUGGCCACUGCACAGGGCGAUCUGGGCUAGAAGUGGGAGCGGCCAGAAUUUUAGGUGAGGAAGGGGACCGAAAGCUCCCCCUGGCCGCCAGUCCGCCCCCUCCAGGAACAGCGACUGCGCCUCUGCCCGGCUCCUUCCUCUGCGCCCCCGGCAGAGGAUGCCGGAGGCGAGCCGAGCCGAGCGGGGCGCCGAGCCUGGUGGCCCGGGGCGCUGUGGGCCGGGGGUGUGCUAUGCGCUGCUGUAACCUGCGGCUAGAGCAGCGCGGGGGGGCGGGGGGAGGCAGCGGUAGGAGGGGAUGCAGAGGAAGCUCCGGCGGCGGCGAGCCGGGGAGAGAGGAGGAGAAACAGCGGCGGCGGCGGCGGCGGUGGCUGGAAGGGUCUGAGUAGCAGGGCCGGAGGCGUGAAUGGCGCUCUCCAAACAUCCCCUAGCCCAGAGACUCUUUUCCCCUCGGAAAUCUACCAGGGUUGUAGCGUCUCCGCAGCGGCUGGCCCUCGUCCUGGCGGGAUGCUUUUGAAUUCAGAUCUUCUAUUUCUUCAUUCUGUGCUCCCCAAGAAGCCCGCUCUGAGGCGGGGAUAACGUUGCUGGUGGUGAGCCGGAUACCUUCCUUCCUGUUAGUCCUUCUCCGCCUCUCACCCAGGCCGGCGGCUAUGGACUAGAAACCGGCGGAUUGAAGGAUACUGAGUCCGAAGCUAACCCUCCCAUCUGCUCAGCAGGCAGCUUUGCGAAGCUUAUUAUUAUUAAUUUUUUUUUUUUGGAAGGGGGGUGGCUGGGAGAAGAGUGGGGAAGGGGCAUCCAGCAGGGGCCGGGUCUUCUCCCUUGCCCACCCCAUGGACACUGGGGCCGCUGUCUGAAACUGGAGCCACGCUCUCGCACUUGACGCGUGAGGCAAGGGAUGCGGUGGCGGGGCCCCCUGCUAUCCAGGACCCUCCCCCCAGGUCCCCGGAACCGUUGCUCCGCCCGCCGCCCCCUCCCCCGUCCUCUCCACCCCCCAUCCCACCUCCCCACCCCUCUUAAGAAAAUAAUGCUGGCUGCCUUUCGUACCUCCCAGUUGUUCCCUGUUCGCUUUGAGAGAAGGUCUCCCGCUCGGUAUCCCUACCCGGACUCCUAAGGAGCCGCGUCGGCUGCUUAGUCUUGCGCCAGGCUCGGGUGAGCUCAGGCUCAGUGUGGGAUCUUGGAGCUUUCUGCCUAGGCACCGCUGGCACGGGAGAGGCGUCGCCUGCUGAAGACGCUUCUCCAUUCCUCCUCACUCGUAAUUCCAGCCCCUGCCCCGAGGUCCCACGACAGUCAGAGCACCCCUGGCUGCUCUCCGAACACUGGUGUGACUUGGAUUUCGGACACUGGACAGUCUUCACCCCAACGAAAGCGGGUUUCCCUCUACUUCUAGCCUCCUCGGCUUCUCUUGCCUUUCCUGGAGAUCCUGAUCGCUUUCCCCGCAGGCGCCACCCCACAUCGUUCAGGACGGGGGUGCCACGAUGCCCGGCGGCUCAGGGACCUGGGCCGCCCCCGACGUGUGACCCAAGCUUGGUCCCCUUGCUUGGUCCCCCACCCUCCCCUUGGCGUCCCCCACCCUGCCCCCCAGGGGAGGAGGAAGAAGAGGAGGGAGAGGGGGACAUGUCCCGCUCCAAAAGCAUAAGCCCCCCGGGCUACGCGGCCCAGACCGCGGCUGCCCCCAGGGGAGGCGGGGAGCACCGCUCGGCUUGGGGAGAAGCGGAGUCUCGAGCCAAUGGGUACCCCUACCCUCCAGCGGGGCUUACACGCGGCUCUACUAAAAAGACUGGGGUGGCCGUGACCCCCCAGCAGCACCGCCUGGUGAGCCGCUGGCGCAACGAUGAGGACUACGAACCUCCACUGGGCAGCCAGGACCCUCUCGGGGGUGGCUUUGGCUUCAGCUUUCGUUCCAAGUCAGCCUGGCAGGAGCAAGGAGAGGACUGCUGUCGGGGCAGUCGUCGCCACCGCCGUGGGGCAGCUGGAGGGGGCAGCACCCGCGCCCCCCCGACAGGCGGAGGAGGUGGCAGCGGUGGCAGUGGUGGCGGGUCAGCCCCUUCCAGGUCAGGGGAGCGGAGUACCGCAACCGUGCAGGGGGGCGGGGCGGAGGUACGCCCUCGUUCAGUGGAGCUGGGUCUGGAUGAGCGGCGAAGCAAGGGCAAAGCGGUGGAGGAGCUAGAGCCUGGAGCCAGAGGGGGAGGAGAGGAGGAGGCUGAGGACGCGGGCAGCUCGACGGGCUCCGGCUCUGGAGCCGCGCUCUCACUGGGCGCCUGCUGCCUGGCGCUCCUACAGAUCUUUCGCUCCAAGAAGUUUCCGUCGGACAAACUCGAGAGGCUUUACCAGCGCUAUUUCUUCCGCCUGAACCAGAGCAGCCUCACCAUGUUGAUGGCAGUGCUGGUGCUCGUGUGCCUCGUCAUGCUGGCCUUCCACGCUGCCCGCGGUCACUACCAGCCUCCUUACCUGGCCGUGCUCUCCGCCGCGGUGGCCGUGGUGCUUAUUCUAGCCGUAUUUUGCAACCGGGCCAGCUUCCACCAGGACCACAUGGGACUGGCCUGUUACGCCCUCAUUGCUGUGGUGCUGGCCGUCGAGGUCGUAGCUGUGCUGCUUCCCCAGCCUCGCAGUGCCUCCGAGGGCAUUUGGUGGACUGUGUUCUUCAUUUACACCAUUUAUACGUUGCUGCCUGUCCGCAUGAGGGCCGCCGUGCUUAGCGGGGUGCUGCUCUCUGCCAUACACCUUGCCAUCUCCCUGCAGGCCAACUCUGAGGACCAGUUCUUGCUGAAGCAGCUUGUCUCCAAUGUGCUCAUCUUCUCCUGUACCAACAUUGUGGGAGUAUGUACCCAUUAUCCAGCAGAAGUCUCCCAAAGACAAGCCUUCCAGGAGACCCGGGAGUGUAUCCAGGCUCGAUUGCACUCACAGAGGGAAAACCAGCAGCAGGAGCGGCUCCUGCUGUCUGUCCUUCCCCGUCAUGUUGCCAUGGAGAUGAAAGCGGACAUCAAUGCCAAGCAGGAAGAUAUGAUGUUCCACAAGAUUUACAUCCAGAAACAUGACAAUGUGAGCAUCCUGUUUGCAGACAUUGAAGGCUUCACCAGCUUGGCUUCCCAAUGUACGGCUCAGGAGCUCGUCAUGACCCUCAAUGAGCUGUUUGCUCGUUUCGACAAGCUGGCCGCAGAGAAUCACUGUUUACGGAUUAAAAUCUUGGGAGAUUGCUAUUACUGUGUCUCUGGGCUUCCCGAGGCCCGAGCUGACCAUGCUCACUGCUGUGUGGAGAUGGGCAUGGACAUGAUUGAGGCCAUCUCGUUGGUCCGAGAGGUGACCGGGGUGAACGUGAACAUGCGUGUGGGAAUUCACAGUGGUCGAGUACACUGUGGUGUGCUUGGACUAAGGAAGUGGCAAUUUGAUGUCUGGUCCAAUGAUGUGACAUUAGCCAACCACAUGGAAGCAGGAGGCAAAGCUGGGCGCAUCCAUAUCACCAAGGCCACGCUGAACUAUCUCAAUGGUGAUUAUGAAGUAGAACCUGGCUGCGGGGGUGAGCGCAAUGCCUACCUCAAGGAACACAGUAUAGAGACCUUUCUCAUCCUGCGCUGUACCCAGAAAAGGAAAGAAGAGAAGGCCAUGAUUGCCAAAAUGAAUCGCCAGCGGACCAAUUCCAUUGGGCACAAUCCCCCGCCCUGGGGCGCCGAACGGCCCUUCUACAACCACUUGGGAUCCCACCAGGUCUCGAAGGAGAUGAAGAGAAUGGGUUUUGAAGACCCCAAGGACAAGAACACCCAAGAGAACUUGAACCCCGAGGAUGAGGUGGAUGAGUUCCUGGGCCGGGCGAUUGAUGCGAGAAGCAUUGACCGGCUGAGGUCAGAGCACGUUCGGAAGUUCCUCCUAACUUUCAGAGAACCUGAUUUAGAAAAAAAGUACUCCAAGCAGGUGGAUGACCGCUUCGGUGCCUACGUGGCCUGUGCCUCCCUUGUCUUCCUCUUCAUCUGCUUUGUCCAGAUCACCAUCAUGCCACACUCCAUGUUUAUGCUGGGUUUCUAUCUGACGUGUUUCCUGCUGUUGACCAUGGUGGUAUUUGUCUCUGUGAUCUACUCCUGUGUGAAGCUUUUCCCAGCACCCCUGCAGACUCUCUCUAGGAAGAUCGUCCAGUCCAGGACCAACAGCACUGUAGUUGGGGUCUUCACCAUCAUCCUGGUUUUCCUGUCUGCAUUUGUCAACAUGUUCAUGUGCAACCCUGUGGAUCUGUUCAGCUGCCUGGCGGACGAGCACAACAUCACCGUGAGCAAUGUCAAUGCCUGCCAUGUGGGCGAGUCAGCUUUCAACUACAGCCUGGGCAGUGAGCAGGGCUUCUGUGGCAACCCCCUGCCCAACUGCAACUUUCCAGAGUACUUUACCUACAGUGUCCUGCUCAGCCUGCUUGCCUGCUCCGUGUUCCUGCAGAUCAGCUGCAUCGGGAAGCUGGCGCUGAUGCUGGCCAUUGAGGUCAUCUAUGUACUUAUGGUGGAGGUGCCAGGGGUCACACUCUUUGACAACGCUGACUUGCUGGUCACAGCCAAUGUCAUUGAUUUCUCCAACAACAAUGGAACGACGCAGUGCCCUGAGCAUGUGACGAAGGUGGCCCUGAAGAUCAUGACGCCCAUCAUCAUCUCCGUCUUUGUGCUGGCUUUGUACCUUCAUGCCCAGCAGGUGGAGUCCACGGCCCGGCUAGACUUCCUCUGGAAACUGCAGGCCACAGAGGAGAAAGAGGAGAUGGAGGAGCUCCAAGCCUACAACAGGAGGCUGCUACACAACAUCCUGCCCAAGGAUGUGGCGGCCCACUUCCUGGCUCGGGAGCGGCGCAACGAUGAGCUGUACUACCAGUCAUGCGAAUGUGUGGCUGUCAUGUUCGCCUCCAUUUCCAACUUCUCUGAGUUCUAUGUGGAGCUGGAGGCCAACAACGAAGGAGUGGAGUGUCUCCGACUGCUCAAUGAGAUCAUCGCUGACUUUGAUGAGAUCAUCAGUGAAGACCAGUUUCGACAGCUGGAGAAGAUCAAAACCAUUGGCAGCACUUAUAUGGCGGCCUCUGGCCUCAAUGAUUCCACUUAUGACAAAGCAGGGAAGACGCACAUCAAAGCCCUGGCUGACUUUGCCAUGAAGCUAAUGGACCAAAUGAAAUACAUCAAUGAGCACUCCUUCAACAACUUCCAGAUGAAGAUAGGGCUAAACAUUGGCCCAGUGGUGGCCGGGGUGAUUGGAGCUCGCAAGCCUCAGUAUGAUAUUUGGGGCAACACAGUGAAUGUGGCCAGCCGCAUGGACAGCACUGGUGUGCCUGACCGCAUCCAGGUGACCACAGACAUGUACCAGGUGCUGGCCGCCAACACCUACCAGCUGGAGUGCCGGGGUGUCGUCAAGGUGAAGGGCAAAGGGGAGAUGAUGACCUACUUCCUCAAUGGAGGACCCCCACCCAGUUAGCAGCGGGCAGGGUGGGCAAAGCUGUACCAGGCAGACCGGCCUUUGGAGAAUCGGAAAAUGACUUCUUUUGUGCCAGGCGAGGUGGGCAGACCUAGCUCUAGUGCCUACAGGGCGUCCUGGCGUCUUUUCCACAGUGACUCCAAAACCAGCUUUCUCCUCUCCUGGGGGCGGGAGCCCUGGCGGGACCCCGGGGGAGCCAACUUCCCCGAGAGCACCAAGUUGACCAAAGAUGUAUCUGGCUCUGUGUGUCGGCUAGGAGAAGCCCUGAAUCGUUGGCGCUUUCUGACAGGCGGGUGGCCUCCGUCCCACAUGCCACGGGUGGGAAAGAGCUCAGUAUUUAUUGGUGUAGGACCACGGACACCCUCGUGAAAGAGGCAGCCCUGCCUGGGGAAGACUUCCCGCCCGGGGGAGUGCCGGGCCUGGGGCGGCAGCCAGGGACAGCUGGGGAUCCCCGCAGAUGCUGCUUUUCUGUGCAAGCUUUUUAAAUCGGACGGUGGCCUGGCCUGGUUCCACGGAGGCCUCGCGGUGUUGCUGGCCUGGGUGCUGACCCAGGAAGGACUACUAGCCAUAUUAACCGCGCCCUCCUCCGUCCCCCCAUCCCUUUAGGAGCGGGCAGCACGCCCGACCAAGCGAGACUCUUUCCCAGGCGGGAGGGGACCACGAGGGGCAGCAGGAGGCUCCGACGGCUCUGAGAAAAGCAAAUAUUUAUUAAACGAAACAAAACCGUUCUCCGUGCCCUUCUUUAGCACGUGCUAGUUUGCCGCGUUCAGAGACAGAGCGAAGCGACCCUUCGGGCCGGGCGCUGGGCCUGGGGAAGGGAGGGACCCCGCCCUGAGAUGUGUCAUUUUUGUAUCUUUUAUUUUGUAAUAUUUGAAAACUUGGAGAUCUAACAGAGAUACCAAAUUCUAUAUUUUGUAAAUUCUCUAUCGGAAAGCGGCUGUGUACAGCAGGCCGGGUGGCGGUGCUGGUGGCGGGUGCGGUUUGUUUGUUGUGCGUAUGUAUAUAAGCUACAGAACCGGGCCACCCGGUGCUGUAGUCGCGUUCCCCACUGGCAGUUUUCAGUUUUGCAGGGUACAAUCAGUCUAUCUGCUUCUGGGACUUCAGGGUAAAUUAGGUUCUGUAUGUGCCCAGUAGUACACACACACACACACACACACACACACACACAUACUCACACUCAUACACACUCACACACAUACUCACACUCAUACACACUCACACGCACAUACUCACACUCAUACACACUCACACACACACACACCUCACUUGCCCAUCAGAAGGUUCCUUUCUAGAGCCCAGGUGGCUUUGUGGAGAUUCUUCCCACUGGCCUCACUCUCCUCCCACAUCAACAUAUUUUCAUUUUUCCAUACGAGAACCAUCCUGGAGUCUCAUGGAGGCUACCCUUACCCUAAGAGCGCCUGAAAAGAGUGCAAGUGCCAUUUUUCUGGUUUCAAUUUGAUCUCUAGGGACUGCCUUGGGCUAGUUCAACCCCCUCUUUUUUUUCCCUUCAAAACAAAUGCCCCACACGCAAGAUGUGACCAUUCUUCCCUCUGCAUGAGGACCUGCUUCCCCCCUGGAAGAGUGGCUGUCUAGGCCUUAUUAGCCCUGCGCUCCAGACCAAUGCCUGGGUGGCACUCCUUUCCGGGGGCCCGAGUGACCUGAAUCAGGAGAGCAGAGCCCAGAAGGUCCUUGAGGGAAACGACGGAUUGUUUUUGUAUGGGGGGAGGGUGUCUGGUCCCGGAUUUUUUUGGACUUUGUAUCCCCAGCUUCUAGACAUAAAAGAUGCUUCAUGCAUGUUGUUUGAAUUGAGUUGGAAGUAAACCCUUGAGAUUUUCUUUUAAAGACAACACAAAGAAGCCUAUUUUUUGUAAUCUGCUGCGAGAAGGAGACUUUUGAUAAGUAGGCAGCUGCUGCAGGGAAGAGAGAGAUACUAAAACCAAACUCCAAUCUGGGGGCAGAUCCCCAUCUUCCCGACUCUUCACUCUUCUCAGGGCAGAAUCGUUCUCUGGGGCUCUCACGGAGAACCAAAACGGAGGCCUGUUUGACUGCGCUCCACAAAGAAAAUGAUCACGAGCAGAGAAACUCCAGUUUUCUUCUUGUCAAGAGAUCCCCGGGCAUGCCCAUGCACACACACACACACACACACACACACACACACACACACACACAGACACACACACACACACACACACACACACACACACACACACACACACACACGCUACGUGAUGCCGCUUCACCUCAGCCUUUCAUUUCCAAUUCUCCUGACCUACACUCUCCCCCAUCACCACCUUACUGCGACAGGCUGUUUCCCUCCCCCCAUGAGCGCACAUCUCCGAGGAGCCAAGUGUGUAAACUGUAAAACUGCCAAGUCUGCCUUUGUAUAUUAUAUUUCUGCUGUGACAUCCUUUGAGUUUGACAAAGCACCUGUGUUCCCCACUGUAUUCUAUUGGCUUUCUUCAUACUCAUGGUGGUUCUGUUGGUUUUGUUUUUGUUUGAAGCUUUGAUUCCAGCUUGAGUCAAGGAUGUACUCAAUGCGCCUGUGUCACCCUGCUCCCUCUUGACCACUUGUCUGUUGGUAAGGCCUCCAGCCUUCUCCCAUUUCUCCCGUCACUUUCUCAAUCUCGUUCCCCUUUCUCAGACCCCCCUCUUCCGUUACCCGCCCCAGGCCUCAUUUAUGCCAUCUGUAAAAUGAGGGGGUAGAAUAAGUGGAUCCAUAAUGACGGUCCCUUCCAGGCCCCCGACCCAUGAACCUUCUCUCUGCCUGUCUGUCCAUCCCUUCUACCCCUUUCCACCCCAAGCUGUGACUGUUGAUGACGUGUAGAGCUUAAGCAUCAUUUUCUCUAAGGGGUGUGCACUGUUUAUUCUUGAUCUUGCAAAAAAAAAAAACAACAGAUACAAUUAUGAUUUCCCAUGGAAAUUGAAAAAAGUCUAUUUAAAUAAUUUAACUAUUAAACACUUUCACUGGUAA